AUGGACGCAAAGAUAAACGACGUCCAAGAGACUGAAACCCCAAUGUCGGUCGAAGACGAUGCCGCCCGGCGCAACCCCAAGCGCAGCCAGCGGCUGGAGCAGGAGUUGACCGUUGCAGGUAUUUGCAGGAGGCAUAAACUCGUUGUCUGGUGGUGUUGUUACUGGACCGUGGCCGCCGUUGGCUGGUACGGGUUUGGCGCCCAAAUCAACGGUGCCAUGAUCUCUGUUCCGUCCGUUCGACGUGACUUUGGAUAUACUGUCGAUGGGGAGGCCAUUCUCCCUGCUGACUGGCAAUCGGCAUUUAACAUCAUCAGCACCGUUAGUCAGUUCUUCGGCGGCUUCAUAUGCAGCUGGUUGGCCGACCGCAUCGGUCGCAAAAGCGCACUUCUCAUCGGGGUCGCCAUAUGCAGUGCCGGCUGCAUUGGCGAGAUCGUCUCCGCCACUCGGCCGGCCUUUCUCGGAUCCAAGCUCGUGCUUGGAGUCGGCUUGCGCUUCUAUCUUACCCUGGCGCCCAUGAUGUGCAGAGAGCUUGCGCCCGUCGCGCUCCGAGGCAUUGCCACUGCCGGCGUCAAUCUCGGAAUAGCCGUCGGCCAGCUUAUUUCCAACUCUCUUGCCGGCCUCGACGACUUCAACUCAUUCGAUCUGGGGGUUGGUGUCACGGCCUGUGGUGUCCUGGGCAAUAUCGGGAGCUGGUUCAUUGUAGAGCGAUUUGGCCGCCGGAAGCUUUUUCUGUUUGGCAUGAUGACCCUCUCCGCCCUCCUCCUACUUAUUGGCAUCAUGGACGUCGUUUCCAGCCAGGCUGCGAAGUGGGUGCAAGCCGCCGGCACUGUAAUUCACGCCUUUAUCUAUUUCCUUACCAUCGGCGCGGUGGCCUUUACCAUUCUCGGCGAGUCGUCAAGUACGGUGCUGCGCGCAAAGACAAUUUUUCCUGCGACCGCCACGCGGGCUAUACGCGGAUUGGUUAUGGACUUUGCUGUCCCGUACAUGGUGAACACAUGGUGA